ACCACUGGCCCUGUUCACGCCAUGACCGCGUCCCCGUAUCCCAAGCCCACAGUCGUCGAGGAUUGGAUACACAUCAAGCCCCGCGAGUUGCUGCCCAUUCUUUCACACCGUUCGCAGACAAAGCCGCCUCUUCCGUCUCCUCCGCGGCAACCAAGCUUUGCGUCUGAGUAUUCUCUGUCAACGCAUAUUGUGCCGGCGGUCAGUCCGCGCAGCUCGCCCAAGUUACCACGUCCUCGCGAAGCGCUCCCAGGGGAAUCGAAGGAGGACCGUCAGGCGCGCAUUGGCGAGACUGUCGAGCUCGUUCUGACGAACCGUCGAAAAUAUGAAGCUGGGGAAUUCGGUUCGGAAACAGACGACAGACCUCUCUGGAUUGUCGCAAAUAGAUACGUUCAUCGGAACGCAUUGCGCGGACACACGAAGGGCUUAACAUUGUUCCUCGCACAUGCAAAUGGGUUUCCCAAAGAGACAUGGGAGCCCACAAUACAAUGUGUUUUAGACUAUGCUGAGGAUCCCCGGAGAACUGCCAUCCAGGUUGACGAGAUCUGGGCAUGGGAGGCUGUUCAACAUGGAGAUUCCGCGCUUUUGAACGCUGAGAAUCUAGGCGGUUUAUAUGACUGGUCUGACAACUCUCGUGAUAUACUCAAUUUCUUCCUGCAUUAUCUUCCGACAGAAAUCCAUCCGGGCCAGCUCCCAGUACAUCUUACACCAAUCCAUGAAACUGAGGCAUCGCAGCGCAAGGUGCAAGGCAUUCCCGGCCGUACAAUAAUUGGUGUCGGUCAUUCCUUCGGCGGCGUCACGAUAACGCGUGCUGCACUGGCCUAUCCUGCCAUUUUUGCUGACCUCAUCCUCAUUGACCCUCCCAUCGCUGCAAGAUAUGGUGGUGAUGCGAUCAUUGAUCCUGUCGUGUACGCUGCCGUAUCCCGUCGAGCAACGUGGCCUUCUCGGGAAAAUGCCGCUAAAUUGUUGAAGGAGUCAACAUUCUUCUCGGCAUGGGACCCUGCUGUUUUGAACCUCUACUUAGAGUGUGGGAUGAUCGAGAAUCCAGAUGGAAGCGUGAGACUGAAGAUGACAGGAGAACAGGAAGGUAUCUUGUACGAACAGCGUACUGCCCGCGAGGUGUUUGAACUACUGGAGCACCUGGAUCCGCGCAUUGAACUCCGGUGGAUCAUGCCUACCAGAUCAUCUGUUUUCGGCAGUGAAGAGUGGCAGACCGAGAUUAAAGUCUGGCGUCGGCCUGUUAAUUGUUCCAACGUUCGUCUCGAGGCUGGGCACUUGAUGGUUCAAGAGAACCCCAAAGAACUUGGCUAUGAAAUACAUAAAUUUAUUAGUGAUAAGUAUGGUGCAUGCAGUGCGCCAGCGUCAGCGAGACUAUGAUUGGUCUUGCUGGCAUGGGUCAGUGUAGAUGGUUCUACGAGAUCUUACCCGUGAUGAUUGGAC